AAUUAAUUUAGAUGAUGUCUACACAACAAGAGUUACCAAUCUAUACCCAAUAGACUCCCUAGUCGCCAAGUUAGAUUUCACAAGUUUAAUACCCAAUAUUGAGUAAUGCGGUGCCAGCAGCUUAAUAUAUUUAAUUGGAUGAUGUGUAGCAAGCCGUAUCUGAGAAGCCAGUUGUGAAUGAUGUGAAGUCAGAUAGAUAAGCAUUUUUGAUUGAAUACUACAAAAAGAUUUUCGUCCAACAUUCAAUAAUUCUUGGAUUGUUCUUACUCGGAUUGACUGAAUGGUUUAGCUCAAUUGUGGUUCAUCAUCGUUAUUGGUGGAGUUCAUUUAGAUGGACUUGGUAUGUAGUUUUGAGUCUAUUGAUUGCCAUCGUAUUAGGACUCCCAAUAUUGAGAAAAUACAGAUUCAUUGUAAUCUAUAUUGUCUAAAAUUAUUAGGUUUAGCUGUAGUCCAAAUUAUACCAUAUCCAGACAGUAUUGAUAGCCUUACUUUUAAUUGGAAUUGCUGGAAAUCAGAGAGGAAAUAGAAGCCACAAAACCGUGAAUAUAUGGAUUAUCUUGGUUUUGGUCAUCUUGAUUAGUCACUCUUUACUCUAGAUUGUUAUAGUCAAGUUCCAAAAAACUCAUUAUUACACUGUUUUAAUGAAAUUUACAAUAAUGGGAUCAUUGGGUUUGAACUUUAUUCUAGCUUUAUCAAACUCACAUCUUAACAGUGCAUUUCCAAUUUCUGAAAUCAUAGUCAUCUAUGCACUUUAUUAUUUUAAUUAAUUGAACGAUUAAUUAUUGAAAUAGACUCACGAAUUACCUGAAGAAUUAUCCAUAUUUGAAAGACUUAGAAAGCUUGCCCUCAUUAGACACUUAUUUAAUUAAGAAGCCAGAUAGAAUCAAGUAAUUGAAGAAUUAUAAGACACUCAUUGUGUGAUAAGCAAGCACUUAGCAAUUGUAGUAGGAUCAGGGAUUGGAUAUAUCACAGUAUUGGUGUUAAGCAUCGUGACUGGAAAUGGAUUCUUGAUUUUCACCUUGAUUUUGGGAUCUAUUUCAAUGUUGAGUGUGAUAUUGGAAACACAAGUUGCUUCAAGAGUAUUAAUUAAUUUAAUUUUAAUCUUAGAGUUUGUUACCAGAAGACUCCCAUUAUGCAGUUUGUUUGACAUACCUUGACAUGGCCAGUCCUUUGAGAUUAUUAUUGAGAAGUUUAUUCAAUAAAUGAAAAUCAAAUAUUUAUACCAAAACUUUUAGUAUAUAUCAUUGUGUUAAUUAAUG